CGUACGACGGUUACAACAACGGCAAGUGAGUGAGGCUUAUUUCAUCGCGUUAUUUACUUCAGGUUACCAUAUCGGGCGGUAAAGGAUCGAUGUUUGAAACACCGCGCGGCUACAACUUGGUGGCGGAGCUGGAUAUGUAUCAUCCGCUGCCGGACUACAUGUACCACGCGACAUCGCUGCGGCUGGGCGAGAUUGCAAGGUACCCGAACGAGGUUCAGCCUACCAUCGCGGCAAAACCGGCGGCCACCGCACCGACGAUCCCGCACGGCGAGCACGUGCUGUCCCAGCAGGAGCUGGACGAGUAUCUAGUGCAGCACCCCGAAGCAUGGAUACCGGCAAACUGGGCAAACGAUCGAACCGAUGGGGCUGGUUCGAAAAAUACAAGCGGUAUGAAAUAUCUAACCGCAGGUAGACCGCACUCUUCACCGCCCAUCACCUAUCAAUCGUGGAAAAGAAAGCUUUGGGAAUCGACCGGAAACGAUCGACUGUACUACAGCAACCUACCGCCCAAGCGGGCUCGAUCGAUGGCUGAUGCCGCACGUGGGGCGGCCACAGAACCGUCCCUGUGGAUGGAAGCUAAUCAUCUCAACAUAAGUCACCAUCGUGGAUGGGAACAUUUUCAUCACUAUCGCGAUAGGAGAAGCCUGUUCGAUCAUCUCGAGACGACUGUGCCUAGUUUCUUUGGCUUCCACAUGCGGGAAUGUUUGCUGCGGUCGAUUUGUGAGGCACGAACCCUACUCCCGCCCAAGGGACGAUCCAUGACGGCUGAUAUAUUGCGAGUCAUUUUCACCUAUCCACUGAAGGCCGAUCUUACCGACGAGUACAGCGAGAUGCUGCGAACCGAGCAGCCCAACUGUAGGGAGUUGUUCAGUGAGCGCUGUCCGCUCAGCAUACUGCAGCUGCUAUUGUUCGGAAAGUUUGAGCUCUAGCUCGGACGGAGGCCUCUGGGUUAGAGUGGUCCUUCGUUUUUACGGUUUUUUUGUUGUUGUUGUUGAUAAAGGAGUGAUUAUGUUUCGUUCUGAAUAAAAUCAAUUUGCAAAGGACGUGCGCCUAUUGCCUGUGGGGCAUAAAAGAUGAAGUCUCGGGAGAAACACAACAAAACGAACCACCAGUAAAAGGUACGGAACGCACGCACGCACACACACACAUACGCAAAACUUACCUGUUCUACCCACACGUUCGUCGUCAUAAUUUGAUUCUUGAGAUUCUGA